UGAUUGGCUGACUGGUGACGGAAAUGCAGAAAUGAAGACUGAACAUAAACAUAAACCAUAGACCACACGACCGUGAAACAGACAUGGAAAUAUAAUAGCCUACUGUAGAGCUAUUACUUAGCCUACAUGACAUGUCGCGGCUUGUCCAGUUCAUGAGCUGUAUGUACAGUGUGUCCAGUCGGGUCAUAUGGAGAGGUUCUCCCAGUGUCCCUCCACUGCUAAUGCCGCUCCCGUCUGGACCGACAUGUGUUUUGGCAGCCGGCAAAAAGGACUUGAUAGACCUUCCUGUCCUGAAUGAGGACGAGCUCGAAGAGCAGUUUGUGCGAGGAUCUGGACCCGGAGGACAGGCCACCAACAAAACCAGCAACUGUGUGGUGCUCAAGCACAUACCCAGUGGGAUUGUUGUGAAGUGCCAUCAAACCAGAUCUGUGGAUAUAAAUCGAAAGCGUGCACGGGAAAUUAUGCGAGAGAAACUUGAUGUUGUUUAUAAAGGAGAACUUAGUGAAGUUCUUGUAAAGAAGAAAGAGUCUGAGCUGAGGAAACAAGAGAAGAGGAGGAAGGCAAAUGAGAAUCUGGAGAGAAAAAAACUCUUUAAAGAAGCGCUGGCUGCAGACUCUAAACCUGGAAAUGACACUGUUUGAAAUGUUAUAGAAUGUAUACUUGUAUAUUUCUGUACUUUAGGCAGAUUGAAUAACAAAACCUGGAAAGGUACUGUCAACUGUUCUAAAUCCAAUUAGCCUUUUAUUUGUAUAGCAUCUUUCAUGCAAAGUUACAAUACAACUUACAUCACCUAAUACAAGACACAAGAAAAAACGAGAAAAUAAAUCAAAUAUUGUCAAAUGUU